AUGGGGGACACGGCGCCCCCGCAGGCCGCGGGGCUCGGCGCCGGGCUGCUGGGGGGCGGCCCGGCGGCGCCCCGCGUGCACAGCGCCAUCGUGGAGCGGCUGCGGGCCCGCAUCGCCGUCUGCCGCCAGCACCACCUCAGCUGCGAGGGGCGCUACGAGCGGGGCCGCGCCGAGAGCUCCGACCGCGAGCGCGAGAGCACCCUGCAGCUCCUGCACCUCGUGCAGCAGGGCCAGGGCGCCCGGAAGAGCGGCAAGCACCCCAAGGGCGGCGGCGGCGGCGGCCCGGCCCCCCCCGCGCCCCCCGCCGCCGCCGCCGCCGCGCCCCCGGACUACCACCAGCACCAGCUGCUCAGCAACGGCGGCGUCAACGGGGAGCAGCCGCCGGGGGAGCAGCGCGCCUCGGCCCUGCUGGCGCUCCAAGGGUCCUUGAAGAGAAAGUUGGUGGUAAAUCUGUCACCUGCCAACAACAAGAGGCCCAAUGGUGUUUCAGAGAGCUCUUUCCUUGACGUUAAGAGGAUAAGAGUGGGUGAUAAUCUCUCAAUGGGACAAGGUGGACAUCAUGUUAACAAUUGCCAAAGCCAGUCAAUGUCAGGACCUAUGCCUAUGGGGCAAGGAUCACAAAGAAAGGCUAGCAACCUAGCAAACAAUACACAUCCUAGUGGGAAUGGUAUGUUUAAUAUGACUUUGAAAGAGGUAAAGAAAGAACCAGGAGAAACAAUGUCCUGCAGCAAACAUUUAGAUGGUCAGAUGUCCCAUGAGAACAUGUUCCCUAACAGAUAUGGGGAAGACUCAGGGGAACAAAUGAUGGAUCCAGAGCUUCAGGAACUAUUUAAUGAACUGACUAACAUAUCGGUGCCACCAAUGAGUGAUCUUGAGCUAGAAAAUAUGAUAAAUGCCACCAUAAAACAAGACGAGCCAUUCAACAUUGACCUUGGGCAGCAGAGCCAGAGGGGCCCUGUGAGAUCUCUGCAGAUGGAGAAGAUGGUGAUAAAGAGUGAAUAUGCAGCAGGCAUGAAUCAGGCUCCUGUGGGCUCCCCACAAAUGAGGCCUUCUUCUACAGGUCCAACUUUUACUAUGGCCACUGCUGCCAUGUCCACCUCUUCACCUAUCCCUUCGGUGCCUCAAACACAAGUAUCGCAGGUUUCUUCUGUGUCCAGUCGACCAUUGCCUAACUGGCAGGAGGUGUCUCAUGCACAGCAGCUCAAACAGAUAGCAGCCAAUCGGCAGCAGCAUGCCUUGAUUCAGCAGCAACAGCAGCAGCAGAACCAGACAGCCAACUGGUCCACCUUGUCUCCAUCUGGACCUUCCCCUGGACCCUUUGUGCAGGAGAAAAUCCCCAGUCCUUCCUUUCGUCAGCAGCAGUUCAGCCCACAAAACUCAGCAAUUCUUGGGGUACCAGUGAAUGGAAAUCAGUCAAAAGGGAUGAACAAUUAUGUUUUUAAACCAACGACUCCCCAGAGCAAUCCCAUGGACAUAAUCAUGCAACAGAAGCCUCAGGACCUCAACAGAAACUUUAUCAACAGCACUCAGCCACCACUAGAGCAGCAUCAUGGCAACACAAAGCCUUUAUUUCACUUUAACUCAGAGCAAACAAACCAGCAGAUGCCUUCAGUUUUGGGUUCCCAAAGUAAGCCUACCCUUCUGCACUACACACAGCAGGCCCAGAGUUCAGCCCCCGUGCAGCAGCCACAGCCGCAGCCACAACAACAGCCGCAGCCACAACCUGCUCAGCCUCUCCCGAACCAGCCUCUUCAAAGGCCACCCAAUGUACCCCUAGCCAUGCAGCAAAAAAUAAUGCUUCAGAAACUGCAGCAAAGCCAGCAAAUCUCAGGUUUGCAGUAUCCAGUCUCUCAGCAGCAUAGACAGGAUCAACACUCUGUGGUAGGCCAGGGAGCUGGCCCCACUCCAAGUUCCAGUUCUUGCUCAAAUCCAAACACUGGAAGUGGUUACAUGAACUCAUCCCAGCAAUCGAUGUUGAAUCAGCAACUGAUGGAAAAGAAACAGGCCCUGCAACGGCAAAUGAUGGAGCAAAAACAACUCCUUCUACAGCAACAGAUGUUGGCAGAAGCAGACAAAAUUACACCACAAGAUCAGCUAAACAGACACUUGACACGACCACCACCAGAUUAUAAAGACCAAAGAAGGAAUGUGGUCAACAUGCAACAAGCAAACCAAUAUUCUGGAGGUUCACCUGCUGUGAGUAUGAGCUCCAACAUGUCCUUAUCAAAUCCUAUUUCUACUCAUAGCAUCAUGCCCCAGAGCUCUAGCUUCAUGUCCACCCCCGCUGGGACGCGAAUGCCUUCUGUUCCCGCAGCUCGGAGUAUGGGCUGCUAUGGGAACCCUCCUUGCAACCAACCGAGCACGUACAAUGUCACUUCAGGAAUGAACCAAAUGCAGCCACACAGAAACCAAAAUCAAGUCCUGCCCAGUCAGAAUAACCCCAUGAUAUCUCGACAGCAAACCAUGACACAGGGAAACAAUGUAGCAGCUUUUGGAACUGGGUCAGUGGUCAACACACAGCAAGUAAGACCAACCUUGAACCAUGGAGCCACAGGUAUCCCCACACAAAGACCGGCCAACGUGAUGAUCACGGCUACUGCCACUGCUCAGAACUGGGCCCCACAAGAAGCUGCAGUGAAGCAGCAGGACACACUGAAACCCACGGGGGUCCGUUUCCCCACAGGCACUCCAUAUUCUAACCAGUCUUUGCAACGCACCAUAGGCAACCAGCAUUUUCCUCAGCGUGCAUUGGCACCGCCUAAUCAAUUAACAGCAGGACUUCAAAUGAGGCCUCCUCUAAACCAAAUGCACCAGACUCUAAAUGGACAAUCUGCUGGUUCACUGCGAGGUCUAAGCAUAAGACCUAACCAGCUAAGAGGACAGACUGUGCCUACCUUGAAUCAGCCAGGGACAAGUAUGACACCUCCAUCCUCUCUGCCAUCAACCAGUUUCACAUCUACCAACCAAAACUCUCGGGCUUACCAAGGAACUGACCAUGGUAAUGACUUAGGGUUUGACUUUCUGAACCAGCAAGGUGACAGUAUAGGACCUGCGCUCAACAGUGACUCAGACUUUAUAGAUUCUUUACUGAAAACAGAACCUGGUAAUGAUGACUGGAUGAAAGACAUCAACCUUGAUGAAAUUUUGGGGAACCACUCAUAAGUGACAGUACCAAGGGUGAAACAGAUAAAGAGGCAGUAAGGACAUUAGCUUUCUCAUUAGCUGCCAACAGUCUGCUUUAUCAAAGUACACUCUAGUAAUUGGGCUGUCCUUUAAAAUACUCCAUAGAGCUAUCGCCCCAUUUGAAGAGUUGCUCUAGGAAUAAAAUUGAAGUCUCCCCCAGGGAAACAAUAACGUCAGUGACAUUCAUACCUGUCACAAAGGAGUGAGAACGAGUGAAGGGUCUGUUCCCCACACUGGUGCCCAGCACGUUGUAAACGCAAUUCACAAGUGCUGUGUGAAAAGGUAUACAGCUUCCCACAUACUCAAGACCCAGACAGUGGUAUGGGUUGUGAAACAUCAUUUCUCUCAGUGCAAAUAGCAACUUAAGUGGUCAAGAGCUCUUCAGUUCAUAGCCCUUGACUACCUUGGGACUCAGUCCUGACAGCAUCAGGCCCUGUGUAAAUCUCAAUUUAUUACAAAAACUGUUUACUUGUAUGUAGUACAAACUCUCAUUUGCUUCUCUGUUGUUUUUGUUUUAAAUCCUCUUGAUUUUAUAGCACACAGGAAGGUAAGUGGUCCUAUCCAAGAAAAGAAGAAAAUAAAUUCAGUGACAGACAUCCAGUGUGUAACUCAGUGUGCUCUAGUUUUUGCUUUUUGCCUUUUGUCAAUGCUUGCCACGAGUGACAGAGGACACUACUUUCUUGUCAGCAGCACAAUCACUGUGGUCAUUGAGGGAAGCAGGAGAUGAACUAUUCCAAAGCUUGGGAGCCCCACUUUGCCACCUUGCCAAGGGACUCCAGUGACUUUAAAGGACAAUUUGAAUGAGAAAGGUGCUCCAAAUUUGGCCCUCACAGACUACUUUCCCAGGCCAGCUUAGAGGAGGGCAAAUACAUGAAGCAACUCAGCUAAGCCAAAAUAACUACCCCAUUUUCAUCUUAACCCAUUGCAAAUGUCAGAUAGUUCAUCUUGGUCCUGUGCUAUCAAACAGGUUAAUCCUUGCAGAAAUAUUAGCACAUCUUUGUCUGGAGAGAGACUUCCAUUUUGACUGCAGAGCAUUUUAGUUCCACCCCCCUUUCCAUUGCUUUCCCUUGCCAUAGUGGGGAGUUGAAAGAAGUCUGAUGAUGGUCCAGAUCUCCACAGCCUCCUUCAGAUGGAGUAUGGGAGUACUGCCGCAGCAUGCUUGACAGAUCAGUCGUAAUCACCUGGGUUACUUGCAGUAGGAGGCUCCACUCAGCCACAUCUGCACUUGUAAAUGAAAUAAUUUCUGGGAACAUUCCUAAGCACUGGAACUCAGUCACCUGUUCUGGCUUUGAGGACAGCUCAGAUAACAUUGUCUUGAACAUUUGUGUGUGUGGCUAAGGAGUUUACCUGGGCCAAGGACUGUUCCCAUAGAUCAUUUGCAGCCAAUUUGCCUUAGAGGCUAACAGAACAGAAUAAUAAGGAUACAGGUCAUUCCAUGCCAGAGAAUAGUCUUGACCAUAUUAAAUUUACUCAUAUAGACUUAGUCAGUAAGGCUACUAGAAGGUGGUCCUAUGUCACUAUAAAGCAGUUCCACAGUGAGUCUGACAGGAGCAUUCACAGAUGGGAGCAGAUCUUGCAAGUCAAAUGAAAAUGCUGUUCAUUAAAAUGAUGUGGUGAGACAUGUUUCACAACCUCCUCUGAAUUAGCUGAGACUAGAUGUGGCAAAGGAAUACAAAGCUUACUUUCACAUGCCUCAACGCCAAGAGGCAUUGCUCUACCCGGUAGGAAGUGCUUUAUUCAUCCGUGUUAGUGGCAGUGGAAUGAGAUUACUUGACAAUAGCCUCUGUACUUAUCUGACCUAUUUCUCAAGAGACUUUUUAAUAAGGCUUUUCCAGUCAUUUCACCCUGUCAUUUCUUGUGGGCACAGUUUUUCCUGAUGCUCUAAGAAACACACACAAGCACCAUCACCUACAGGAAAGGUGUAGCAUGUGUAUUUGACUAGCUCUGCCAAUUGAGGCAGGCUGGAUCCAUGGUGCUGUUCAUUCCCAGAAAUGUUUUUCAUAUGAGGGAUGAGAAAGCCCACAGAAGAGUCCCUUCUGUGCCAACUAACAUUGUUGCACACUCCAGCGGUGUGUAACAUGGUGGCUCAGCUGCCCAGAAAGCUCUCUUUUCUCCCCAGUUUAGACUGGAGUACAUGUCCCUUUUGAUAUGCCAGUACCAAUGGAGGAAAAAUUUUCCAAGUCUUUAAACAGCUUUGUGGAACAGGUCACUGGCCACCCAUCUAAGUUUGGAAUGAUACAGAAGCAGCCUAACAAAUGAUUCCCCUAUAAAUUGUGCAAAACUAGACUGAAAUAGUAGCUACAUGAGUUUAAAAUAAAGGGAAGAUCAGCUCUUCUGUCUUACAAACACAGGCACACCCAGUCCAUGAGCAGGUCAGCAAUGAUUGCCUAAGCUCUUGCAUGAACAGACAACUGCUGUGUUACUAAGGCUGAGGCUUAGUUGGUCUCAUCACAAGCAAUGAACGUUGAAGUCUGGUAACUUCAGCAGCUACUCUCAUGGGCCAUUGAAAAAGCCACUGCUGUUUUCUGUACUAAGACCAGAUCGUUUCUGAGUGUCUAGAUCCUCAAAUGAUGUAAAAAAUUGUUCAGCUGAGGAGCUGGUCCCAAGACUUCAGGAUACCAGUCACUACUGGAUUCAAUGCUGAGCUUUGUUCCAUUGGCCUCAGCCUGCAGUGGACAAGACACUGGGCUGUAAGUGCCAUCACUAGGAUCAUAAAUGAAUUGUUUCAAGUAAAUGCAACAAGGUAGAGGCCAUCUGCAGCCCUGUAAAGAUAUACCUGAUGCAUUUGAAAUUGCGAGCUUGUGAAAGACUCUUGCAAUCAAAACUUGAAUCCAGUAUCAUUUCUUCAGUACACUUGUAUCUUAACAAAGUUAUUGUCUUGUUUUCUCUUUCUGUUGCAAUGGCUAAGUGCACUACCCUUAUAGUCUAUUUUUCAUCAUUGACCGGGCACUCUUCGCAGUAUUGGGUUGUAAAUAUAAAGAAUUAUUUGUUUUGUAAACUUUUGUAAAAAACAAAAAAGUAAUAAUAUUUUGGUAGGAAUAAUAAAAAUCAUAUUAUUUGGGUUAUAUUUAUACAUAUGUGAAAUAAAUAUACUAUCAAAAGUUGUAUUUUAUACAAAAAGUCAAUGGUUACCUUUUGUAUUCUAUAUACAAAAUUUUGUAUGAUAUGAUUGUUUAUUUUUAUCUGCAGACUUCAACUUUGGAUUUUGGGGUGGGCAAAAUGGGAUUGCUGUUAAAUAGUUGGGCCUGACCCAAGCUCACUGAAACCAAUGGAGUCUAUCCAUUGCCUUCAUAGGGCUUUGAAUCAAGCCUUUAAAUUAACUUCAGAUAUGUUUAAAAUCUGAAGUUCUAUGGAAACCUCAACAUGAAAACAUUCCAGGUUUCAAAUUUUUUCCCUGAAAAAGGCUAUUAUUAUUAUUAUUAUUAUUGUUAUUAUUAUCGUAACUCUUGGGAGGCAGGUGGGACCUAUGUAACUGUCAAGUCCUUGUUGCAUGUAUGUCUGCUUUAUAUUUUCCUCAUAUUAUAAACCAGUGUUUCUCUAUACAGACUGAAAGGAAAAGUUGCUGUACAGAAAUGUUUGUGUUUAUGCAUUUUUACAUGUGGCUGUAUAUACCUCCUAGUACUAUGCAGUGACACUUAUUUGACUCCAUUUAUUUUUCACCUAAACAUGAAUAGUAUGUUUUUCAGUAGCUAUCAAAACUCUGCCAAGUAAAUCAAUCAAAAUUA